AUAUUUAAAAUCGAAACUGUUGGGCGAUCAAUACCUGCCACUCGGUGUUUAGUAGCCUGAUGUUUGGUGUGCAGUCCUUUCAUUUCACACAAUAUUUUGUUAAGUAUUUUCUGAUUGGUCUAACUCAGUGUGUGACUCCAUUCUAACUGGUGGGAGUUUGGCUUUUAUCAAAGUGUGGUGAGCACGUUGAUUCACAGGGAGAGAGGUAUCAACAAUAACAUGGAUGUACAUACAAAAGUUUCAGUUUUCGAUUGACUGGGUUAGGUUCGAAAUUAUCAAAUUCUAAGAUGGCCCUAGUACCCAGUGCUGUGAAUGCUUGGGGUAACGCCCCUGAUCUCGACAUAAGAAAAGCAAAGCUUCAACUAGAGAACGAGUUAUUGAAGUUACAAGCUGUCAGAACAAACGAGGUGCAGUUGAAUCCAAUACUUUUAUCCAAUCGUUUGGAGAGAGUGAGGCCUCAUGCCAGUCUUCAUUACUCUAGAGUUCAGCCCCCUUUGAAAGAAGUCGACAAAAACAAAACGAAAGUGUGGUCAGAUGAAUCAAUAGCACUACGUCAGUUAUCUCAUACCACAAGACGAGGUCCACGUGACGUCAUCCUACCCAACUUAGUGAAACAUCCUGUCCAGGUGAAACUUUGUCCAGUACCACUCACGGACACCAUGUUUCAUGAACGAAGAGCUGCAGCUAUAGAACGACUAAAUCAACUAUUAGCUGACUGGGCAGUGUAUCACAGAAUAGCUCAUCCAGUUCCACUAAGCAGACAAUCUUUGCUCAGCGAUUUGGACCCCAAAAGGAAAAUUUCCAGAAGUACUUUCAUUCACAUAGCCAGGGGCAGCGCACACCGGAAAGAGUCAAUGGGCAGUCAGUUGUCCAGCAGCAGUGGAAAGAAAACGACAUCUUACGCUGUACCAAAGAGCCUUAAAAAAAGGAAUCGAUGGAAAUUCUUUAGCCAAGAAGCCUCCAACCACUUGAGAGCCUCCAGAAUGCAGUUACCAGAAGAGAUAUCCAAGUCAGAGCUAAGAAUUUAUGUGUCGUCAACGCCAGAUUUGCAAGAAGAAAGAGAGUUUCUCGAAGAAGUAGCCUAUCCCAAGAUUCAUGAGAUGUGUGAACACAUGGGACUCAAUUGUCACAUGGUAGACAUGCGCACUGGGGCUGGAGUAUUAACCAAUGACAUUGAGACGUUUGAUCUGAUUGAGAAAGAACUGCGGACAUGUCGGACACAAUCUAUCGGUCCAUCUUUCAUAAGUCUGAUCGGUCAUGAACUGGAAGACAAAAAGCUGCCAGGAUUUCUGUACAAGUCUGUCUUCGAAGAGAUCAGGGAGGUAUUGAUCAAAGAGAAUGUCAUAGGAGUGGAGGCGCUUGAUGAUGUGUACCGACUAGAUUCAAACCGUGUUCCACCCGUCUACAUCAAGCAGCGUAUCAAGUCUGUUGAAGAGUACCAGAGUCCAGAAGAAGUUGAGCGUAUAUUACAAGAGGCUUUGGUUACCGCUGUGUCCAUUAUAAAGCAAUACAAGCCCAAAGAAGAGAUGAGUCAAAUGGACACAUACAAAUGGUCAGCUGUUGUCAAAGAAGUUGAAGAAGGUCUGCUGACCAACCACAGCCCGCGGACCGAUACUUUAUGUCUACUGAUGGACCCGGACGUGAUGGACGAAGGUCCAGGGAUUGAGCCCAUCCAUCGUCUGCGACACAAUAUAGUGACUCACUACAGACAGUAUGCCAGCAGGGAUAACUUGGUACACCUGAAGUCUGCCAAGAAGAAUAUGACCUACCUCAGAUACAUUUCUGACACUUUCAUAGCCAGUGUGACAUCUCUGCUCAAGUCUCAGGCCAGACUUCAUGGAUAUGAUCUGAUGCAGCAAUUGACAGAAAGUUCGGAAGUCUUACAGCACGUGCGACUUUUCCUUGACGCUCAAGAUGUCGACAUUGAAAGUCAGCUUGACACAAUGGCCAUAGACACCAGUGUUGACAUGCCAAACCACAAACAGAGCAUCGUCAUGGCUGCCUCCGAGAAGGAAGUACACGAAAUGGGAAAUUUGGUCGAGACUGAUCUUAAUAAUCACACAGAGAGACAAUUGAAUGACAGCCAGUCAUCUUUCAGUGAAAAUCAUAAGUCUGUUUUAGAAGAUAUUUGUCGAGUAAUUGACAGACCAGACUCAUCUCCCAAAACAUUGCUAUUAUGGGGACAAAGGGGGAAUGGAAAAACGACACUAGCCGCCCAGGUGGCGAAAUUGUCCGCUCGAGGGCAAGGACGGCCAGAACGUAAAGUUGUGGUCAGAAGGCUGGGAGCUACUCUGAGGUCAUCUUCACUGUUUAGAGUUCUGGAAAGUCUGAUCUUACAGCUCAAUUUUCUCUACUCUCUAAAUCUGGUGUUGUCUAUAGACAUAACUCUUCAGGAAAUGGUGAGCAUUUUUUGUCAGACACUAAAAGACGUGAGCGCCAAGCAACCAACAGAUGGGUCACUCCUACUGAUUCUAGACCAGCUCGAAACGUGUGGUCAGCUGACGCCUCACAUUCUGGCAUCCAUUCUUGACGCCAUUUCGGAUGGCACAACACUGAUGCUGGUCUUAAACAUGCCGAGCCCCCUGUUUGACGUAAUUAGGUCACACCACACAUCAACGAGCUUCUCAAGACCGUAUCUGAGCUUUGCAGACUUUGACAGAUUUCUCAUUAGCAGCCUCGCAAAAGUCAACAGGGUCGUCACCAGCGACCAACAUGCCGCUGGCACAAACGCUCUCCCUGCAGACACCACUCCAAUCUGUGCGCAGACGAUAUUUCACAUAGUAAGAUGGUGGCCAUCGCACACCCUUCCUAACCUCAAGAACUUUCUCGGAGAGCCAGAUUUAGACUUUGACGUUUUUCUUCAGACUUUGGAGUCACAGCUCGGCGUAGCUUUCACACGUUACUCGAUCUCCCUUCUGGCCAGUGCGCGACAUGGGCUUGCAGACCAAGAGCUCCUUCAUCUGCUUAGCAAAGACGCCGAACUUCUCAGCGAGAUAAAGAACGAAGAAGACGAGAUUAUUAGCGUUGUCGAAGGAUUUCCCUAUCAGCUGCAGCUCUCUAGACUUAUGGCUAGGCUGGACAGAUUUGUCUUAAGAGUCAAGGUGGAAGGCGAAACGGUAAACAUAUUGUCAACGAAGGAGCUCGCCAAAGCCGUAACAGCAAGGUACAUGAAUGGCGAGUUCUUUCACUCCAUUCACCAAAAAUUGGCCAAUUUUUUCUUGUUUAUCCGAAGAGGCCUACUCCUGAGCUCAAGAGAUAUUGUGGAAAAGAAGCACAAACAUUUAUCUAAGUAUCACUGGCGUACGAUGCGCUGUGUUCCAUAUCACCUGACUCAUAGCUACUCUGACCCUAGCGAAACUUGGAAAAAUCUCAAAGAGAAAGUUUUCUUUAAUUUCAACUGGCUUGUCAAUGAAGUGUAUUCCGGCUUUUUCCCUGAGCUCUUGGAUGACAUGAAAUAUGCUCUGGACACAGUCAGCCUCGACCCUGGGAUCUUGUCUCUUCAGCAGCUUCUGCUGUCUGUACGUCACACCGUCAUUUAUAACCCUGUGUCUCUUGCUGCCUUCUUCUCCAGUUUGGAAACUACUGAACAAGACGGAGACACGGAGUUUAUUGACGCCGUGAUUCGCGAUGCCAGGCUUUGGCUUCAGCAAGUCCACCUCCAGACCUUAGUUCCAGUUUCCUAUACACCCGGUAAAGGCAACAGACUCUUGCUUAAAGACAAAUGUCUUUUUGGAGUCACAAAUAUACAGAUCAUCCCUGGAUCAGAACAUCUCCUGGUGCAGAGGCUUAACACUCUUGCAGUCUUAAACACUCUAACUGGGGAAGAGGCUGUACUGGGUGCGUUGAGUUCUCAAAUACUAGACUAUAAGGUGCUGACGGACAUUGAUGUAGUCGUGCUGACCUCAGGCGAUCUCAACAAGUGCACUCUAGAAAUGUUUAAUCUUCAAAACUGUAAGCACGUGGCGAGCUUUUCUUUGGGUGAUUGCCCUGUACACUGGUUUCAUGCAGCCAACACAAGAGCGGCGUAUGUCGCCAUAAAUGAAGGGGUCAGGUCUGUCGAUCUCCAAAGGGGGAAAAUUAAAACUGUUUUAGGCCCUAACAUUUCCUGGAAGGCACUAUGUGUGACAGGCAGUUCCAAUGAAAAACUCGUCUUUGUGAACGAUGCCGGUGUCCUGGAAAUGGUUGCUGUAAAAGGCCUGUCAGAGAGCAAGACUGUCUCACUGAAGAAAGAAGAGCCCAAUAAACAUUGUGAGCCUCUCAUGGCCACCAAGGACGGUAACUACGUUAUCUACCUCACAGAAAGGCAGGCCACUGUGAUGAAGUGUCUUAACCUCAAGGUCGUCAACAGCUAUUCACACCAUGAGCUGCCCAUCGAAAAGGCUGUGCUUUCUCGGAGUCACGAGCACCUUUUUUUGGCGUACGCCUCUGGCGACGUCACCUGCCACGUACUGUACUCAGGAAAGAUGGUAAUGGAGACAAAGGUCAAGGCCAAGGUGAAAUCGCACCACAGAGCAGAUACCAGCAGACGACAUGGUAGAUCUGGGAAGAGCUCACGUCUGCAGCGAAACAACACUGACACAGAGUCGAUCACCGUCCUCGUGACGUCGGAAGACGACCACUUUCUUUUCUGCGGAACCAACCUCGGCCAGGUCUAUGUCAUUCACGUGCCAACUGGACUUCAUGUUGUCAACAUCAGUACCCGACAGAAAGAGCUGACCCAGAUGACCUUUUUAACAGACAGAACUCAUUUUCAGCAUCUUCUAACAACUGACAAGGCGGAAGUGUCUAAACAUUGGAAUCUGAGGCCUCUGUUCAAACUAGCGAGGGUGCAGCUUCAAAGUUUUAUUUCCGACGAGGACCUGAAGAAAGAGGAAGACAAUAAGAUAGAACUCAACAACUACAUCCACAUCUACCAGGACAAUGUCACCAACAGAAUCUUUCUGAACGGCCCGGACAUCACGGCCUUCUACGCUAGACCUCCCCCGACCUUGUUUGAUCACCUGCACGUGCUUGAUCCCGACUUUGGUCAGCAGACUGACUGGGAGAUCAGUGGCUCCUUAGCUGAUGUGACGGAGGCUAUCAAGGUCAUGACCUCAGGACACCAGCUGAGCGACAUCUUGUUGACCAUGUCUGAUGACUUCCGGUUGGGCAGGUGGAGUUUGUACGACGGAACACUGGUCUGGAGCAAGACACUAGGAGGAGAGGGCAGUGAUUUAAAAGACCUGGUGUCAGUUUACUAUGACCAGGCAGUACUUAUUGUGGACAGUUCUAGAAUCGGCAGUGGUUUAAGUUUGUCAGUACUCUACACUGGAGAGGGUCAAAACAAGAUGAUAACUCGGGACAACGUGACUCACUACUGGCUGUCAUCUGACAGAACACACAUACUUAUGUUGUGCCAUAUGCCAGGAAGGUCCAGUGCACUACUCACGACAGAUAUAAAGCUUUAUGCUUGGGAUUUGAUCAAUAGCAUAGAAACACGUCACAGCUUUAUGACGCAACCAAAUAUAACAGACGACACAACGUCCUUUGUAUUUGUCUCACCUGAGCUGACUCAGUGUGUCACUGUGACCCUUCCUGCAAACACACAGCAAUUAAACGGAAGCGCCUGCAUUUUCAGGUCAUUGAAACAAUCCAAAGAUCCAGCAAGAUCUCCAAAAAAUGAUUACUCCAGCUCGUAUUCCAGUUUGGAUUCCUUCGAGUCAUUCACAGAAGUAAACGAGACAAAGGGGAGCCAGCCAAAUGAUGUCCUUGAUGUGUCAAGUAAAGAUGGGCAUCUGAAGUUGCAAGUUCCUAAGUCUGACAUUCCAGAACCUUUUCAUUUUAAUGAGCUUUGCCAGAUUUUCUGGACAAGAGUAGCACAUCAAGAUACUUUAUCUGGCAGUGUAAGUUCUGGCAGAAUUCACUCAAGUCUAACCAAAAAUCUACACUCAGAUCUUGAAAGUAAAAAUAGACUUUCAGUGGACACAAACAACGAAGCCGCCAGUUCAGAAAUGUCUUUUCCAGUGAGAGUAACGUCCCUUUGUUUCGUUGGCGAAGAAAAUAUUUUAAUCGGCACUGCCUCUGGACAUGUCUGUUUAAUCAAUUUGCCUUUCUUAAAACACGUAUGUGUGUUGACCAAAACUGGACCAAAAUCGAUAGAAAAAUUGUCUGAGAAGAUUCUUGUUGAUUUCAUGACUCCACACAGACAAUGGGUUAAAAGUGUCAGAACAUCAGAAGACAUGAAUACAUUGAUCAGUCAAGAUUGUAACACAGUGUGUGUCUGGAAUGCAAGAAAUAAGAAUCUAGUCAUGAAUAUUGAGCUUGGCAGUCAAGAAAAGAUUUCUAACUUAGUUGUGUCGAAAGAUGCAGCGAUUAUCGUUCUUGUUGCUGACUACCAAAUACUUCACCUCUACACACCUCUAGAGAAACGAGAAAUAGCCAACUACAAAACAACAUUUGACAUCACAUCACUCUACAUGACUUGCGAUUGUCGUAAAAUUCUGAUACGAGGAACAGACUCCGGCAUGAAACCGGUUCUCGAGAUUUUUGAGGUGAGAAAUGUGGAUGACAUUUUGAUGCACAUUGCCGGCCGAAAAGUGUCGCAACAGAAUGAAGUACGUGAGAGCCUGACCAAUGAGAGAACAAGAAGAGCAAGUCAUGUUGUCAAGACUGAUAAGUCAUGAUAACUGGACAACUUAUGAUGACUUGACAACUUUUCGUUGAAAGUUUUGGUCAUGUGAUAUUGACAGUGAACUAUUCAAUUCUGAAUUCUGUCAGAUUUCUCAAACCAAUUAAUUUUUUUGUUAGUUCAUGGGUAUUUUCUAAAAUACAAGAAGCAAUGAUUAACUAUAACUUAAAUAUAUUUUGUCAAAUUAAUGUACAGUAUUUGAUAUAAGCUACAAUGUUAUUUAUUUGAUGUUAUGAUUUCUAUUACCUAUGUAACAUGUUUAAUGAUACAUUAAUUGUAUAUCAAUAGUAACAUUUUUUAUUUUUUGAAUAUUCUUUUUUUUUAAAUUCAAAGUUCAUUGUUCAUAUAUUGUAAUGUAUUUAUUUAAAUUUCUUUAAUUGACUUUUUGUCUCUAUCUACCAUACCAAACAAUGAACAUAUCACACACUUGACAUAUCAAUCAUUUACCACAUCAACCAAUCAACAUGUAUCUUUUUGGAACAAAAUCUUAGUGAUAUUGGUAAUGUUUUGCUUAUUAUUUAUACACAACAUGUCCUGUUUUUUUUUUUUUUUUACAUUUGUAAACUAAAUUUGAGAAAACACAUUCAUAAAAAUAUUAGCUUUGUAUUUAUACAACAAAAUUGUGUCCACUAUUAAAAUAGCCAAAGUGAACUUUUAAUAAAUUUAAAAAAUGACAAUCAGACACAUCAAC